AUGCAAGAUGUUCGAAGGUUCCCAGCUUGGCAGAAAGCUUCAAGGUGGCUGUUACAGCUCUUCCUUUGCAUGUUAAUAAGGAUCUAUUUCAAAGUUUUGGGUUUGACACAGCCGGUGCUCAUUGGGCUCAUCAUCUUUGAGCGCACUGUAAAUCUUCUCCAGCAUCUUCUUAGCUUUGGUCUUAAUCUUGUUAUUCGAUCUUUUGAAUUCCAGGCUGAUGCUUUUGCUAAGAAGCUCGGUUAUGUGAAGGCACUUCGUGCUGGUCUUGUGAAAUUACAGGAAGAAAAUCUUUCGUCCAUGAACACUGAUCCAUGGUACUCAGCCUACCACUAUACUCGUCCUCCACCUGUUGAAAGACUGGCAGCGCUCGAUGAACCUGACAAGAAGGUAGAAUGAGGGAUAAUUUAUUGACAGGAAAUGACAAAUAUGAGCGCCUUGCUGCACCCAUUAGAGAGGUUAAUUUUCUCAUCAAGGUGGACCAUUGCGAGAAUGAGCAUUGAUGAAUCUUCUUUUGCUUUCUAUAUGAAUCAAGUUGGAACUAGGAGUCUUGACAUUU